CUUUGCGACAGCCGUUGCCGCCUACCGGAAGUAGCAACAGCAGGGACAAACAUAGUACAGUAAAUCAUGUCUGGCAGUUUUUACUUUGUCAUGGUUGGUCAUCAUGACAAUCCGGUAUUUGAGAUGGAGUUUUUACCAUCGGGGAAGCCUGAAUGCAAAGAUGACCAUCGUCACUUAAAUCAGUUUAUUGCUCACGCAGCCUUAGAUUUGGUGGAUGAAAACAUGUGGCUGUCUAACAACAUGUACCUAAAGACUGUGGACAAGUUCAACGAGUGGUUUGUUUCUGCUUUUGUCACUGCAGGACAUAUAAGAUUCAUCAUGCUACAUGACAUACGGCAAGAAGAUGGAAUCAAGAACUUUUUUAAUGAUGUGUAUGAUUUAUACAUUAAGUUCGCAAUGAAUCCAUUCUAUGAGACCAACGCGCCAAUCCGCUCCACAGCUUUUGAGAGGAAAGUCCAGUUUCUUGGGAAAAAACAUCUCCUGAAUUAAUAAGAUCAUCAGCAGUGAUUUCCUUGCAUUCCUUGCAACAUAUUUAUGAAGGCAAUUUUGUUGUUCUGAUUAUUAUUUUUUUGUCUGUGGAUUCUAUAACAAUGCUUCGCUGUUUCACGGCAAAUAAAGCCAUGACAGAUUCCCA